AUGUUAUCUGGCGACACUGAGCCGGAAAAUAUGGAUGGUUCCAUGAAUUCCGAGACCGAUCUUCGGCAAAAUCAAUCUCCAAAGCAUGAAGGAAGUGAAAGAGCUGAAGAAAAGCAUUUAAAUUUAAAUUCUUCUUCGUCUGGGGAGUUUGACAGCGGCAGCGGUGGUUUAUGGAGCUUUGGUGAUCUGGUGAAGAAUUUAACAACCAGAUCGGAAUCAGUACUUGAGACAUACCGUCGCGAUCUGAAGGAAUUCGGUUCAGGAUUGAGGAAAGAAUCCGAUUUGUUCCGUGAAGUCGCGAGUCGAGCAGUGAAGGAGCUACCAUCUUCGAUCGAGGUCGGCACAUCGGCGAUCGAUGGAGUGUUGAAGUCGACUGCGGAUAUCAUCUCACAAGGUAAGGACGCUCUUCUUGAACCUUCCGAUGUUGAUGACUCUGAUGUCUCGGAAGCAGGACAGAAUUACAGUGAUCGUAGUGGUUUAAAUUCGAAAGUGUACAGUCGUUUCGAUUCUCAACUUAAUGCGAUUCAAAGUGAUGCUCGAACUUAUUGCAACGAUCCUGAGGAUUUAGAUGAUUAUAAUAAGUGGAAGCUAGGGUUUGUGUUGAGUGACAGGGAAAGCGAGAUUGAGAAACUGAUUGGAGAUAAUGGAUCUGUAGAAGCAAUUUACAGGAAAGUUGUUCCGAAUGAGGUUGAUGAUGGAAGCUUUUGGUGUAGGUAUUUCUAUAGAGUUCAAAAGCUUAAACAGCAGGAGGACGUGAGAGCAAAUCUGGUAAGGAGAUCUCUAACAGUCGAUGAUGAAGAAGAUUUGAGUUGGGAUGUUGAUGAAGAAGAAGAAGCUGAUUUGCCUGAAAUUGAAAAGAAACAGAGUUCUAAUAAUGAAUCUAUAACUGUGAGUUCUAAUGUUGCUGAGUCAGUGCAAAAUCCAGAUGAAGAUGGUGUUGAUGAAUCUAAAAAUAAAAGUUCUGAUGUUGUCAAUGAGGAUGAGGAGAAGAAGACCAUUGUUGCUGAUGUUAGCAAAAACAGUGAGGAGCCAAAACAGAGUGGUGAACAUGUGUCUGAUGAGAAAGUUAGUCAAAAUCUUAAUGCUGGUAAAUAUGAUGAUGUAACUGAGGAAGAUCUCGAGUGGGAUGAGAUUGGGGAUGUUGGGGACAACGAUGAAAAGGAAAUCUUGCAAGGCAACACCCCUAAGAAAGCUGAUGUGUUUAAGCAGUUGAAUAGUAAUAGUGGUGAAAACGAUGAGGAUUUGAAUUGGGAUAUAGAAGACGAUGAUGAACCACCUGUGAAAGCUGGUAAUAGUAAGUAG